AUGGUAAAGAUAGAGUUUAUAUUUGACACGAAGAAAAAGAGAAACGAAGUAAAGGAGUUCUACGAGUCACUGGGCCUAGUGUCUUCGGUGCAGAAGAAUCUUCUGCGGAUAAAGGGAACAGAGCAGACGAGCAUAGUCUCUGCUGCGCAGUCUAAAAUCUCGCUGCGCGCUAAAAACCACCGGGAAAUACUUGAAACACACAAAGACCUGCUGAGAGACCUGGAGACAGUUAGGCUGGAGGACGACGUGGAGAUAGCGCACUCGUACAGAGACCACCACAUCCCCUUCAGAAUCAAGAUGAUGGACCCCCUGGGAAACGACGUGUGCAUUUCCCCGGCACUUUCUCCGAAGACUCUCGGGAUAAUAACAAGCGGAGGAGAUGCGCCGGGAAUGAACUCUGCCAUCUGGGCGAUAGUGAAGGCAUCAACGAGAAAUGGAGCCAGAGUGCUGGGAGUGCAGAAUGGAUACGAAGGACUGAUUAAAAAUGAAAUACAGGAGAUAACAGAGCAGGAAGCAUUCCAGCACAUGCAAACAGGAGGAACCUUCCUGAGGUCUGCAAGAUCAGAAGAGUUUACAACUAAAGAAGGCCUUAAGAAAGCAGUCUCUACGAUUAAAAAAAGAGAGAUUGAUGCGCUCGUGAUAAUAGGAGGAGACGGAACAAUGAAAGGAGCAGGAAGCAUAGCUGAAGCAUGCCCUGAGAUAUCGGUGGUCUUUGUGCCUGGGUCAAUAGACAACGACAUACCAGGGACUGAAUCCAUAGGGGCAGCUACAGCACUGCACAGAAUAAUCGAAGCAAUCGACUGCAUAGAGUCCACGAUGGCCUCGCACAAGAGAGGAUUUGUGCUCGAGGUGAUGGGAAGAGACUGCGGGUGGCUUGCACUCACUGGAGCCUUUGCAACAGAUGCCUCGUAUGUGUUUCUCCCAGAGUACCCGCAGGGAGAAGAGUGGAAAGAAAAACUGCAGAAAUCCGUUACAGAGAAGAGCGAGAGACACUGCACGUACGUAAUACUCUCGGAGGGAGCUAGACACAAGAGUGGAGAAAAAGUAACGGCAGAGGAGGUGUGCCAGGCAAUGAGUGCAGUGGGGAUUGAAACAAGAUCAGUUGUACUGGGGCACACUCAGCGCGGAGGAUCCCCGUGUGCUGCAGACAGGCUGAUAGCGCCAUCUCUUGGGGUGGCAGCAGCAGAGGUGGCCCUGAGCAGGCCUGGGGCGUAUGCCAUAUACACAGGCGAUACGGAAAGAGUGCUGGAUUUGUUCGUGUGCAUCAACAGAUGCAUUCAGUUCAACGAAAUAAUAAAGAAAGAGCCAGAUGGAGUAGCGAAGGUGCGAGGAAAAGAGUUUGUGGAGAUGUACGAGUCGUUUGAAAGUGGUUCACUGAAUGGAAAACAGAAGAAUUGUGCUAAUGGAAGAGCUAGUAAGAGCAAAAAGAGCAAAGACUCAGAGGUAAAAGAAGGAAAAGAGACUGACAGUGUGGAGGUCAGUAAGAAAGAGAAAGAAAGCAGUGGGAGUAUGCCUAACUAUGCAGUGGCUAUGAUAGGGCUGGUGGGAGCUGGCGCUGACACAAUUCUAUCUAAAAUGGAGUACUAUGCAAGUGCUCGCAUGAAGAAAGUAGUAAAUCUAACGAAGCACACGUAUUUCAUCAAAAGAAACUCAAAAAUCAAAAAAUCAGAGCUGGAAACAGACUUGCUCCAUCUGAAGGAGAUAAUGAACGAUAAAAAAAUAGGCACAAUAGUUCUUAUAGGAGGGCUGGAUGCUCUGGCAGAGGGAAAAAGACUCUCCUCUGUCUUUGAGAAUGUGUAUGUCAUUCCCUGCACAGUGAGCAACAAUGUCCCAGGGACCACAGUGAGUAUAGGCGCAGACACUGCACUGGACACAAUAACAGCGCUGUGUGAUAAUCUGAAGAUCGAACUAUCUCGGAGUGUGGCGUAUCUCGUGGAGGUGCAUGGCGGUGCGUGCGGCUAUCUGAGUGUAGCCACUGCUCUGGCUGUUGGAGCCCUUGAUUGCUACUUCCCUGAAGAAACAGGAGUGCUAUCUCGGCUAACGAGGUCUCUCAAGGCUCUUGGGCUGGCAUUCAAGAAGUCCUCUAUUCCCCAGCUAAUUAUCAGAGGAAACGGAGCAAUGAAGGGAAUAUGCAAUGACACAGCAGCGAGGAUCCUUGAGGUAGAUGGAACAAAAACAUACAUUGUUAGACAGUGUACACUAGGCCAUGUGCAGAAGGGAAAUAAGCCCACAGCUGUGGACAGGCUAAGAGCCGCAAGAACUGCGCUCUUCAUAUUCUCAGCUCCAGCGGGGCACAAAGUCCUGGGAGUUAACAGGUGGACACCCAUGACAACAGAAAUAGAGGCAGCAGUCCUCGAAGUGAACGAAGAAAAAAGAAGACUGAAAAGAGCAGCAUGGCUGGAGAUGGCAAGAACAUACAGAGUGCUAAACUAA